AGAGUGUUUGGUAUCAUUUCAUUUUAUUUGUUCAUUGAUCCAUUCACCUUUAAUGCAAUUACAUUUAUCUGGAUUUGUUUUUUAGGGCUUCUAAAUUUAGAUGAAUAUUUAUCAUAUGCUAUUCCACAUAUCACAUAUUUCCCACAUGGUACUACUAGUAAAUCUUCUACAAAGGCAUCAGGGGAUCCUCCGGAGGAAGUGAAACUUUGGGAUGAUUUUCUUGGUAGUGUAAAUAAUAAUACAUUUGAUCAAGAAAAAAAAUUCCAAAGACCAAUAUUUAUUACCGAUUUCAUCAAAACAUGUGAAGAAAUUGUUCGGGAAGCUUUUAAUGUAAAUGUUUGUAUGGUAUUGAAUAGGGUUCUCCAAGAUGUUCAGUUUGCAUUGCGGAAUGUUAAGGGUACAGGCAAUCCAGAUUAUUGUUGCCACCUUGUAGCUGGUGAUAAAUUGCUCAUUACAAUGGAGGUUAGGGGACAUAAUGUUUUAAUUACUAGUGGUCGGAAAAUAUCUGACCUUUACAAUGAUAAAAUAGAUGCAGAACUUGCACCCAAAGUAAGACAGAUCAUUCAGCAACUUUAUAACUAUAUGAUAGAAAACACAACAAAAUAUGGUGCACUUUCUACCUAUAAUGAUCAUUGGUUUUUUAAAAGAGAGCAUGGAAUUCUAUACAUUUCAGAGGCUGUUAAUCAUGGUUCAACACAUCCAACAACCCUCAAGUCCUAUGCAUAUCUGGUUGAAUUAGCUAAGAAUGAUACUUAUUCCUCUGAUCCUAGAAUCAUUGAAAAAACUGACAACCUUCCAUAUCCUUUUCGAAAACCUAGAUAUGAUGAUAAUGAUGAUCCUAGCUCAAGUCAUAAUCUCUCCAAACAAUCAUCCUCCAAACAAUCAUCUUCUGAACAAUCAUAUUCAAGUACAUCAAACAAAUCAAAGCAUGGAAAACAAAGCAUGGAGGCACAGAGAUUCAACUAUCAAGACUUUAAGUAUAUUAGUAUAUUAAGUGCUGGAGAAAAUAAUAAGAAGGUACUUGAGUGUGAAUUCCAUGGAAAGACAAUUGCCUUGAAAAGCACUGAUUUAACAAAGAAACCUAAAUGCCUGGAUGAAUUUCUGAAUGAAGUUGAAAUUUAUAAAGUUCUUGCUAAACUUCAGGGUAAAUGUAUUCCUGAAUUGUUGUUUUAUGGCAAUUUGGCAAACGGAAUGAGCCUAGUUAUGGGAAUGACAAUUGUUGGUACUCCAUUGGAUCAUCAUAGGAUAAAUAAAUGGCUAAAAAAUAGAGCUAUCAUGACAUUAAAAAAAGUUCACAAGUAUAAUGUUCUUCACAAUGAUAUUCGUAAGGAAAACAUCUUGAUUGAUGAAAAAGGACAUGUGUAUUUGAUUGAUUUUGGAUUGUCAAUUCAAACUUAUGAUGAGAAUAUGUUUCAUGAGGAGGAAGCUCAAUUAGAACAUUUACUAAAUAGCUAUUUGCCAUGA